GAGAACUCUAAGCAGGGUGAGGACACACCUAGCUCCACUUUCUCUUUGUACAUAUGUCCCAUACGUUGAAAUCACCAGACUGGAGCUCACAUUCCACCCUUCCUCCCGCCGGAUGGUUUGUCUCCAGACUUUGGCCAAUAAAGACAGUCCGUUACCCUCAGACCUGAGACCAUCCACACUGUCAGAGGCUGACGGUGGUUUCUGGCUUUGUUUUCCUUUAAAGAAAAAAAAAAGUGGGCGAGGAAGCUGGUUUUGUAGGAAUGCCUCUCAAAGCUUUCCUGUGAACCCAGAGUUUGUAAACUAAAAUAGAGGAAGCAGAGCAGAUGAGCCAGCCCUAUCGACACUUUACUCUGGCCUGUGCCAGUUCAUGAUGUGGACCAGAACUCAACUCCAUUUUAUGCUAAAGUUGAGCUUGGCUGUCACAGUCUCUGUCACCCCCGCAACGUGUUUGAGAGGAUGUGUGUCUGGGUAUGUAUGUCGGUAAGAAUACGUGUGUGAGAGUCUGUGUAUGAGAAUGUGUGUGUGUGUGUGUAUGCAUGUGUGUAUGUGUGUGUAUGCAUGUGUGUAUGUGUGUGUGGUGUGUGUAUGCAUGUGUGUGUAUGUGUGUAUGCAUGUAUACAUGUGUGUGUGGUGUAUGUAUGCAUGUGUGUGUAUGUGUGUAUGCAUGUAUGCAUGCGUGUGUAUACAUGUGUGUAUGGUGUGUGUAUGCAUGUGUGUGUAUGCAUGUAUGCAUGUGUGUGUUGUGUGUGUUGUGUGUGUGUUGUGUGUAUGCAUGUGUGUGUAUGCAUGUAUGCAUGUGUGUAUGCAUGUAUGCAUGUGUGUGUAUGCAUGUGUGUGUAUGGUGUGUGUGUAUGCAUGUGUGUGUAUGCAUGUAUGCAUGUGUGUGUUGUGUGUGUGUUGUGUGUGUAUGCAUGUGUGUGUAUAUGUAUGUGUGUGUGUGUUGGUUAUGACUUUACAUUAUUUGACUUGCUUUUCUAGCUGGAGGCAGUGACUAAGAGAGGGAGAGCUGGUGUUAAUUGUUUCAUCAAGUUCGUGUGAGUCACAUCUCCCGCUUGUCUUAGCGAUUCAACUGCAAAGAGAAGUGCUAGUUCCUGAGGGCAGACUGAGCCGUGUCGACUAGGAUGCCUCCUCUCAGGGGCUCCGGAUUGGGUAUGAAUGAUGCGAACUUUGGUGUGUGUGCGUGCGUGUGUGUGUGUGUGUGUGUGUGGUGUGCAUGCUCGUGUAAGUAUGUAAAUGGCAAAUUAUAUAUAGCCUCCCAUGAGAUGCAGUAGUCAGGCAUUAACCCUAGAAGAGGUCAAUCACUAAGACAUAGGUGAGGGCUUUUAACCAGUAGUAAUGCACUGACUCGCCUGAUAAACAGGAGAGCCUCGGUUUAGUCUCCAGUGUUGAAAACGUUGCUAACCAAAGCUUUGAAUGCUAGGCACGGAAGACAGGGAUGGUAUUUGUUUUCCUAGCACACCCAAGGCUCUGGGUUCAGUUCUCAGCAGUUAAACAUCCUUCUCACCGAAUGCCCUUGUCCUGCUUCCAGCUUGAUUUACAGGCGUUGAGGGAGGAAGACAUUCUCCACAGGAAAACACCAUCGGGCCACAGCAACAUGAGCAUCGUAAUUUCUGGUUUCUUGUUUUCUCCCUCUCAGCGUGUGGUUCCCUCACAUCUUCCUGUUUGUAGGUACCUUCCUCUUCUGACUCUCAUCUCUGUUUCUCCUCACACUGAUCAGGGCUACCUUUCUUCCUCUGCCUGGGGCCUUGCUCCCUUGCUGUCACCUCUGUCACUGUGCCCAGUGUGUUUACACGGAUUAGGGAUUGCCCCUCAGUGCCCCUCCAGGAGAAAAACCUAGUUAUCACUUAAUGAGUUAUUUCCCUUCGGGGAGAAUUCAGGAGGCAAACGCAUGGCUCUUAAGCAUACAGCUCUGUUUGUUUUGAUGGAUACACAGUGUGUACCUGGAAUCCUUUCUCAAGACAGAAGGCACUUCAGGACCCCAAAGAGAGGCCUGUUCUCUCUGCCUGGCACUUCCCACCUUUCCUUAGUCAACCACUGAUUGAGUUUCUUUCAUCCUAAAUGAGUGUUAUGUGGUCUUGAAUCUCACACAAUUGAAAUACUUAGCAUGCACCUUUUGUAUCUACUUCCUUAUUUCAACCUUUCUCCCUUCCUUCUCUACUUUCCCCCCUACCUCACCCACUUUCCUUGUCUGGAAAUAUAACCUUUGGGCGUUUGUUGGUUUUUUUUUUUUUCCCCAAUCAAUGCUUCCUGGGAUUAGAACUCAGAUCCUCGGGCAUUCCAGCAAACAACUUUCUCCACUGAGCCCUCUUGACAACCCAUUCUUUCUAUUAAAACACAAAAGUCUAAGUGUUUGCAAUACUGUCUGUUACCAGCAAUAGGAUCUGUAGUGGCCUCUCCUCUCCAUGUUGUUGUUUUAUUAUUAUUAUUAUUAUUAUUAUUAUUAUUAUUAUUAUUAUUAUUUUAUUUGCAAAAGUGGGAUUGGACCUAGGACCUUGGACAAGUUAGAGGAGUGCUCUACCAUUGAGCCACAAUCUCAGCCACGCCCCUCUAGUUACUAAUAUUGGUAAUUUCAUUUCCUUCUUCUCACACUUGAUCUUGCUAGGCGAUCGUUGUAUCGAGCUGUACAUUAAGGCUUGCUUUUCGCUUCAUUGGUUCCUGCCCCUGUCUGGAUCAUUUCUUCCUGUGUCCUCAUUGGUGGCCUUAAUCUGAGCUACACAACUUUAUGCAUUGAAGAUUGACGUAUCUAUAAGUGUACUCUUUAAUUAUAGCAGGACCGUUCUUUGCUUCUGGUAGCUGUGUAGGUGUCCACCGCAGGGAAACUGCAGCACCACACAACCGUUUGCUGUUCAAAUUUUACCCAAAGACUUGCAGUGACCCCACUCUGGCUUUAUCCCAUCCCCUUGCCAAUUCACAUACACACACACACACACACACACACACACACACACACACACACACACACACACAAUUGCAUGCGUCAUUAAUGGGCAUCUUCAGUUGAAACUAGACACAAUUUGUAUGUAGUGUUCUCUGGGCAAAGCCAAGGGCUGGCUUGAUUGGAGUGGUGCUUGUAUCAAGGAAACCAUCUGGUGGUCCACUGCGGCAGCUCAAGAGACUUUAGGGGUCUGUCCAGGACACUGUCGGUCAGAGCGGAACAGCAGAAGGAACAGUUAGUGAUCAGGAAUUUGAAAGAAAGUGAGGGCGAUAGAGCUGAGCACGAAUGGCAAAUAUAUAGAAUUUCUACCCUUUCUCUUAAAAAGAAAAACUAAACCUUAUUGUCUCUUUCUAGAUCUAAUGCCCUUUUUUCUUUUUGGUCUUUUUUUUUUUCCUUCAGAGUUUUGUUUGCAGGGAUCCAAAAUGUAUAAAAUACACAGUCGUGUAUCACUUUUCUCCAAGCUGAAUGGCCACCCUGACUUAAGUAGUUCAGGCCUACUUGCUUGAAAAGAUCAUCCCACCUAGGCUUGUUGACUCCUAGAUGGGCAGAGAAGGUCAGGGGUCUCUCACCUGACCAUCUAAGUGCUCUGAACUACCUGCUGUAUACAACGCCCCCUUAGUUGCACAAGGCCUCAGGGCCGGGCUAGAGUAUAUAGGCUAGAGAUAGAGAGGGAGCACACAAAUUCCUGUCAGUAACCCCCUAGCUAGGCUCUGUAAUGAAGCACAAUAUACUCACUGGUUCCCUAGAAUAACCUUUGGUGGAAGGGCAGCUUGGUUUGUUGUUGGGACCAGGGGUAGGCAUGUCUCCCCCUGGGGAGGAAUUUUAGUGACUAUAAUAUUCAUAAAAUAUAGAUAUUUUAUCUCUAGUCAGGUGACUGGAGGUUGGGACCUAGGAAGAAUGUGUGUGUGUGUGUGUGUGUGUGUGUGUGUGUGUGUGUGUGUGUGUGUGUGUUCAUUUCUCCUUGUUUUGAAUUUGAGCUGCCAGUGGGAUACCUGGGUAAUGAUUCCCAGAGUGGAAGGCAAUAGAUUGAGAGUUGCUAGUGGUACCAUAAUUAGAUCCCGACAGGACUGACAAAGUUGGAAGAGAUACUUGGAACAGAUUCGUUUAUCUUUAAUUUAUUAAAAAAAAAAGUCUUGAGGUGGUCUUCCUACAUAGCUUUAGCUGUCCUGGAACUUGCUAUGGAGACUAAGCUGGUCUCCAAUGGGUGCAGACCCUUUUACCUUUGACCCUUUGACCUUAGUUCCCCAAAGGCUGGAAUUACAGGCUUGUGUCACCAUGUCCCCUGCAGAUGGACAUGGAGGAGGACGUCCAGCAGAAAUGGGAAAUCUGAAGCCCAGGUCUGUCCCUCAUCAGUUUAAGAAACCUUGAGUAAAGCACGUCACCAUUUUAGGAUCCUCUCUUUCCCCUGGGAACUCUGCAUUCUUCACUCAGCAGAAGCUUUUGAACGUUGUAUGUCAAAUUCUACUCUCGGUAUUGAGGGUGGAUGACUCAUUAAGAGGUGGGCAUUUCUAGCAUCAGGCAACCUACUGGACUGUUGCUCUCUGUGAUGCUAGAAUUGUGUUUUAGGUCCUCAGAGAAGGAGGCAGCUCAGACUGGGAGACCAGGGGCACACAGGAAGAGACCACUUUCAGAACACAUAUCCUUCAAAAUGAGCCUUGGUGGGGGAGAGGGUGUACUUCAGACAAGCAAAGUUAUCUACCCAGCAAAGAAAGGCCAAAGAAAAAUUGCUGAGUGCUCUCUGAUGGGGGAAUGGUGUGGUCUGUGUAUGGGCUGGAAACAGUUGACAGGGGCAGAUGACAAGGGACCUUUAUGCCACACCAAGGGAACUAACUGCCUUAUACCCAGCAUUGCAGUGCAGGCCCCUGGACAGACUUGAGGCAGGGAAUGGGAAAGACCAGGUGUGGGUCUCAGACAUCAUUCUCUAGGGCUGUGGCCAGGGAGACCAGAGAAAAGCAGUUCUAGAAAUGCAGGCGGUAAAGGAACUUUUGUUUAACAGGGCUGGAGAGCAUGCCCCAUGCUGAUCAUGCCAUAUCCCUUACGUAUGGUUCUAAUGGUGGCAAGGGAGUGACAGAGUGGGCAGAUGGGAGAGAGGUUCACUAGGAAGUCUUUACUUCCUGACUAAUUAGACACUGAGGUAAAUGAGAAGAAAGCUUUCUGCUUAAGGCUCAGAGUGGAUAAAGACCACUACGAUGGGGACAUCAGGAACAAAGCAAGCAGGCGUCCUGGUUUUGAGAUGCUUCACCAACACCACAUGAAGGGGUCUAGACCUCAGGCUUCUGUGCCGUCCUUGUCCAGUGAAAGACAUGGGCUACCUGGUUUUUUCCUGUUGUACGAUCCACUUUAAGUCGCUUUCUGUUGAGCUGCCUGACUGGGGAAAUCACACUUGGGUGAGGUCUCUCCCCAGAGGCUCAUGUCUGACUGAGCAAACCAGCGGAGUUAUGACUCAUUGCUAGGUAGAUGUGAAAGAGAUUGGUUGCUGGUUUCAGUACCUACCGGCUGGUAUCUGCCCUUCCUUGGUAUCUCUUUCACCCGAUUCCCACCAUGAGCUUACUCCCCAUGUUGGCCUGCUCUCUGUAUUCCUAUCACGUGACCACCCAGAAUGCUCCAGUUGGCAAGAAAUUUGGGAUCAUUGGGCCAGAGCUGUACUCACAAACGACAGAAACAGACUGGGGAAGUUGUGUGGCAUACUGAUUGAUGGUCAGUUUGGUUGAGAGCCAAUCAGGUCCCCUUUACGCCACACCUCCCCCACGGACACUCAUCCCACCAGCUCGCUCAGCGAGCGGGGCUGAAAAUGUGUCUGUUUGUGCAAACGUUUGGAAAUGACAGCCCGUGUUUGCAGCUUGGAGACUUCAUACAAAGGUCAAGGUUACUGAGAAGAACGUAAACACCUUCGCUUUGAUGCAGGGGCACUGGAUCUCUGGGUGUCGGCCUUCAGUUGGGCUAGCCACCCCCCUCUUGAAGUGCCCUCUGAAGGUUCACUGUCAGUUUUCAAUCAUUUUGCCCCAGGUGGAGAAUCCAUUGCUCUGUGACUUCAAAGACACAGUAGCAAGCACUGAAAUAGGCAUGCAGUGUGGGAAGUAUUUCUCCCAGUAAGGGUUUUAAGCGCUGCAAAGAAAUGUGUCCUAAGGACACGUGCUUUUCAUCAGCUUGGAGCAUCGGGUGUGUGUUCUUUCAAGGAUGCAGCCACCUCAAAUUAUGGCAGUCUCGGGCAGGUAAACGCUUGAGGCUUUGAUCUGUACAAAUUCUUCUUCAAGAAGGCAGCACGGGGCUGCUUAAAGGACUGGUUUGUAGCACUUGACUGAUUUCAGAGUACCAUCUGGCUUGUAUGGGGGAGGGGAGAGGGACGCAGAGGAGGCUGGGAGAUCCCUUUCCAACAGUACUUCACCUGUUUCCUCUCUGACCUGCACAGAAGUGGAAGCUAUGCUCUCAGGAGACCAUAGGCACAAAGUGAAAGUAGGUGGCAGGGCUGGGGUGGUGACUCUUUGUGUAAAGCCCUUGACUUGUAGGAACGAGGAUCCAAGUGUGUUCACUAGAACACAUGUAAAACGGACCAGGUGUGGCGGCAUGUUUGUGCUGUAAUCUUAGUGCUGGGGACAAAGAGACUGUGCCUUGAUGGCUGGCCAGCCUUGCCUGCUUGGUGAGUACCAAGCUAUCUGGAGACCCUUGGGCGCGCUCUAUCUUACUCACACAUAUAUACAUAAAGAGACUUAUAGCAAAUGAAAAUUAACUCCCGUGUUCAUAUUUUUAGCCUAAGAUUUAAGGAAUACUCCUUUCACCGCCUUUAUAGAUUUGAUACUUUGUGGCAGUAGAUCUCUAAAGAGUAACCAGUCGCCUAGGGGAGGUUGACCCAUCUCAGCCCACUACUUAGGAGUUCCAUUCCAGAGUCCCGCUCUGCUGGGCUUGUCUGUUAGUGGUUCCAAAAUGCAUCUUAAAAAAGUGAUAGUUUAUCUAGGUUAAUCUUUCAUUUUUCUCUUUGUUUGCAUGGUUUUUAGAGAUGGAUUUUUUUUUUUAAAUCUCUAAUGGGGGUGUUUUUUUUUUUUUUUUUUUUUUUUGGUUUUGACAAGAGAGUCUCAGUGCCAAAACCGUUUCUUAUUACUCAUGGCUCUCACACCGACGUUCCCCCAAGCCCUGCCUCUGUUCAAUUUAAGAAAUUCAGUACAUUGCUUUCCCCCUUUGCAUCCGCUUGGAAAACCAAAGUUUAGAAGUGAUGCCCAUUUUCCCCAAGUGAAGGCUCAGCCAGUUUCUUUUCCUUUUUCACUUAGAAGUGAGCUGAAGACUCCCAUACUCUCAGAAGCAAAUGCCUGUAGCCACAAACAGCCUGUCUGUUCUGGCCUCCGCCCGCCCAGCUGCCUGGCUGGGGGCUGUCCUGCAUCUUCCCUCCUGUCCUCUCCUCUGCUCAGCUUGGAGAUCCCUGCAACUACACAGCUUUCACUCUUGCCAGCUUUGGGAGGUCUGUAGGUGGUGGCUGAGAAGCUGCAGGGGAGGGACGAUGGGGGAUCUUGUUUGGGUUAGCCAUGGUAACUGGAACAGCUAAAGGAGCAAGCCUAGUUUUGGCUGCUCUGUACAUGGUCGGGACUCUGCCCUGUCUCAGGAUUCUUGAGCUGAUUGCAGCAUCCUGGAACGGAAUGAAAGGAUCUGUGCAGAGACGGCAAAAGUCGGGUUACAGUAGACCCUGAGCAAAACAGAGUGGACUCCAGCCUGCGUGGAUGAUCUUGAAACAGGAAUGGUUUGGGGUUCGGGCCUCUUACACUGAAUUUCCCUACUGCCACCCUUUCUACUCAAGCAAAAUCUUCAAGAAAAGAUCGCCUGGGAGGGAGGUAGCUGCUUGUGGCUUUGCACUGUGAUGAGGGCAAAUGAUACAGUUUUCCAAAGAAAAUAGACCAAAACUUUCUUCUUGACAAGAAACAAACCUGCUGUCGUCAGAGGGUAUUUCUAACCUCUCUGUGAAAGAAAGACAACACCAGAGCCUGGGCGGCCCAGUUGCUGAGGGAAGUUUCCAUGGUGAAGUCUCAGGGAGGCUUCCUGGGAGCAGAACAUAGUGAAUGCUAAUCCGGAGCUGCUACUGCCAGCCUAGAGAACCCACGGGGAGAUGAUUCCUCAUGAAGGGCCUGGAUCCCCUACAGAAAUCCAAUGUGACUCUCUGUUUAUCAGACUAAAACCAGAGCCAGCCAGACAGUGAAACAGCCACCGUGGAGGGGGGACGGCGAAAAAUGAAAUCUAACCAAGAGCGGAGCAAUGAAUGCCUGCCUCCCAAGAAACGUGAGAUCCCCGCCACCAGUCGGCCCUCCGAGGAGAAGGCCACUGCUCUGCCCAGCGACAACCACUGCGUGGAGGGUGUGGCAUGGCUCCCCAGCACCCCUGGCAGCCGCGGCCACGGGGGUGGGCGGCACGGGCCAGCAGGGACUUCCGGGGAACAUGGUUUACAAGGAAUGGGUUUACAUAAAGCACUGUCCGCAGGGCUGGAUUACUCCCCACCCAGUGCCCCCAGGUCGGUCCCCACAGCCAACACGCUGCCCACCGUGUACCCUCCUCCUCAGUCAGGGACGCCGGUGUCUCCUGUGCAGUACGCCCACCUAUCACAUACCUUCCAGUUCAUUGGGUCCUCCCAGUAUAGUGGGCCUUACGCGGGCUUUAUCCCUUCCCAGCUGAUCUCCCCACCAGGCAACCCAGUCACCAGUGCGGUGGCCUCGGCUGCAGGGGCCACCACUCCAUCACAGCGCUCCCAGCUGGAGGCAUAUUCCACCCUGCUGGCCAACAUGGGCAGUCUGAGCCAGGCACCAGGACACAAGGUUGAGCCCCCUCCGCAGCAGCACCUCGGCAGGGCUGCGGGAUUAGUCAACCCGGGGUCCCCUCCACCUACCCAGCAGAACCAGUACAUUCACAUUUCCAGCUCUCCACAGAGCUCCGGGCGGGCAACAUCUCCACCCAUCCCGGUCCACCUCCAUCCCCAUCAGACGAUGAUCCCGCACACGCUCACCCUGGGGCCUUCAUCCCAGGUGGUCGUGCAAUACAGUGACGCCGGAGGCCACUUUGUUCCUCGAGAGUCCACCAAAAAAGCAGAAAGCAGCAGGUUGCAGCAGGCUAUGCAGGCCAAGGAGGUCCUCAAUGGGGAGAUGGAGAAAAGCCGGAGGUAUGGGGCGUCAUCUUCUGUGGAGCUGAGCCUGGGGAAGACGAGCAGCAAGUCAGUGCCUCACCCCUAUGAGUCCAGGCAUGUGGUGGUCCACCCGAGCCCAGCAGACUACAGCAGUCGUGAUACCUCCGGGGUCCGUGGAUCUGUGAUGGUCCUGCCCAACAGCAGCACACCCUCAGCCGACCUGGAGACACAGCAGGCCACACAUCGAGAGGCCUCCCCAUCCACCCUCAAUGACAAGAGCGGUUUGCACCUAGGGAAGCCCGGCCACAGGUCCUACGCGCUGUCCCCACACACGGUCAUUCAGACCACACACAGCGCAUCAGAGCCUCUCCCGGUGGGCCUACCAGCCACGGCCUUCUAUGCUGGCGCUCAACCUCCUGUCAUCGGCUAUCUGAGUAGCCAGCAGCAAGCAAUCACCUAUGCUGGUGGUCUGCCCCAGCACCUGGUGAUCCCAGGUACCCAGCCCCUGCUCAUCCCAGUGGGCAGCCCUGACAUGGACACACCUGGGGCAGCCUCGGCCAUAGUGACGUCAUCGCCCCAGUUUGCUGCAGUACCUCACACGUUUGUCACCACCGCCCUGCCCAAGAGCGAGAACUUCAACCCAGAGGCUCUGGUCACCCAGGCAGCCUACCCAGCCAUGGUGCAGGCCCAGAUCCACCUGCCGGUGGUACAGUCCGUGGCAUCCCCUGCCGCGGCAUCACCCACGCUGCCGCCAUAUUUCAUGAAAGGCUCCAUCAUCCAGCUGGCCAACGGGGAGCUGAAGAAGGUAGAGGAUCUGAAGACAGAGGAUUUCAUCCAGAGUGCAGAGAUUAGCAAUGACCUCAAGAUCGACUCCAGUACUGUGGAGAGGAUCGAGGACAGCCACAGCCCCGGUGUGGCCGUGAUACAAUUUGCUGUUGGUGAACACCGAGCCCAGGUCAGUGUCGAAGUUUUGGUAGAGUAUCCUUUUUUUGUAUUUGGACAGGGCUGGUCAUCCUGCUGUCCCGAGCGGACCAGCCAGCUCUUUGAUCUGCCGUGUUCCAAACUCUCCGUUGGGGACGUCUGCAUCUCGCUCACCCUCAAGAACCUGAAGAAUGGCUCUGUUAAAAAGGGCCAGCCCGUGGACCCUGCCAGUGCCCUGCUGAAGCACGCAAAGACCGACAGCCUGGCUGGCAGCAGACACAGAUACGCCGAGCAGGAAAACGGAAUCAACCAGGGGAGCGCCCAGGUGCUCUCUGAGAACGGCGAACUGAAGUUUCCAGAAAAAAUUGGAUUGCCUGCAGCACCCUUCCUCACCAAAAUAGAACCGAGCAAGCCCACAGCCACGAGGAAGAGGAGGUGGUCGGCGCCGGAGACCCGUAAACUGGAGAAGUCGGAGGACGAGCCACCUUUGACUCUUCCCAAGCCUUCGCUCAUUCCUCAGGAGGUUAAGAUCUGCAUCGAAGGCCGAUCUAACGUGGGCAAGUAGAGACCGUGCGGGCAGCCGAGGCGUGGGCCCCGUUUGCUGUCUGUAUCCAGAUUACUGUACUGUAGGCUAAAUAACACAGUAUUUACAUGUUAUCCUCUUUAGGUUCGUGUUCUAACCUUGUCAUUAGAGUCAAACAGGUGUGUGGCAGGAAACUGGUGCGUCCGCGUUGUGAUGUCUGUCGAGGAGCUGGCGGGUGGAGGGUGGUCAUAACCGUGGCCAUGGAGCUCCGGGGCAUCCUAAGGGGCCCUGAAGGGGGGCUUCAUCAGCACCUGCCUUCUCCAGCAGCACAGAGCUGAGGGGCGUCAGUUCCCACUGGUUUCAAGAGCAAACUCAGUGGGAAGUAACUUGCAAGUAACCUGCAAGGGUGUGUCUGGGUGCGUCCCUGGUGAAGAAGGGGUGCGCAGGUGCCAUGGCGGUGAGGGAGGGUCUCUCUUUCUCUGCCUCUGUCUCCCUCACUUGCUCACUCUCAGCAUGGGAUUGGGGGACCUGGGUUUCCCACAUGCAAAGUGGUCAGGAACCCAGCUUCCAGGCACUGUAGGGAAGGCAUCAGACUGGCAGAUGGGAAACUAGUUUCAAAGAACGUGGUUCUCUCCAACAUAUUUUACAAUAAAAAGCAACUUUUAAUCAUAGAUAUAGAUAUAUAUAUAUUUCCCCCCAUGGGGCCUGACUGCACUGAGUUUUUUGUUGUUGUUGUUUUAUUUUGUUAUUUUGGGUUUUUUGUUUUGUUUUGUUUUGUUUUGUUUUGUUUUGUUUUGUUUUUUAAGAGCAGCUGCCACUUGGCAAGGAUUUCGUCCCUCCCUGCUUUACCAGUCCAGUGACAUCGCCAUGGUGUCGUGGUGGGCAGGGACGUCCUUGCUCAGGUCACUCCUGGUCAGGCAGGUAGCAGUGGGGCCCAGGGACAGAGGGAGCACCAACACUGGUUUCUGCGCAGUGUUAGGAAACCCAAUCAGGUUAUUUGCAUUGCUCCCAAGAAGAAAAUGCCAGCUCCCCUCCCCACUCCCGAGAGGGUCAGGGCGGCUCUCAGACCCAGCUGGCAGCAUAAUUGUCCACCUCUUAGGUCUAGUACUGUUCCUGAUUCUGUGAGGAAUUCGAUCCGGAAGAUGCUCAAUCUGUUACUAUCUCGUAAACAGUUAAAAAUGCCGUGCAGUCUUCUUAACCAAGCACCUUGUUCUGUCAUUCAACAAGUACUGUAUCUACUUUCGACUCUUUGUGGGGGAAAAAAAAGACAAACCUAAGUUGCUUUUGAUUUUCUUCUUCUUCUUCUUCUUCUUCUUCUUCUUCUUCUUCUUCUUCUUCUUCUUCUUCUUCUUCUUCUUCUUCUUCCUCUUCUUCCUCUUCUUCCUCUUCUUCCUCCUCUUCCUCCUCUUCCUCUUCUUCCUCUUCUUCCUCUUCUUCCUCUUCCUCUUCUUCCUCUUCCUCCUCCUCCUCCUCCUCCUCCUCCUCUUCUUCUUCUUCUUCUUCUUCUUCUUCUUCUUCUUCUUCUUCUUCUUCUUCUUCUUCUUCUCAACACUGUAACUACAUUUCUGCUCUGCAAGGUUGCUCACAAGCCAGCAAUCGACAGCUCCAAUCUGGUUUUAAAGGGAUGAAUGUGAAUUAUGAACUAGCCCGUGACAAUAUAUGACCACCGAGUACUACCUGAUGGCAGGCACCUGUCACUUUGAUGUUGGAGACAGAGUUAAAGGCAGAGUUGGCAGAGAAACCAAGAAAAGACGGAGGAAGAGACACUCGAUUUUAUCCAGUGUCCGUAGGGUGAACUUCUAAAGAACUUUGCAAUUUGCACAUCUUGAGUUUAUAAUUUGUGUGAUAAUUCCUGCAGUUUUUAUCUAAUAACAUUGUGGGAAGUGUUUGGGAGGGUUGAACGAGCAUAAAUAAAUGUAGCAAAAUUACUUUCUAACCUGCCUAGACCCUAGGCCCUUCUUAGAAGGUCCUGUCCCUUUGAGACUUCAUUUUGUCAUCUGCCACAUCUGUCACCAGAAGCCAGGUCUUAAGAGUCUUCUUCAGAGUCAUUGAGAGUUUCCCAUAUAGACAUUUUUUACAUAUGUGAGCGAGUAUUUUCAUUUCUGGAAAAAAAAAGUGUUAACGUUAUUUUUUUAGAAGCUUAGGUUUCUGUUUGAAAUCAAACUAAGAUCUGACGUUUGGUACAAAAACCCAGAAAAGGGUAUUUUCAUAAAGUCACAAGCUUUCAUUCCCAGAGGUCAAAAUUUGUGGGUUCUGAGUGUGUCUUCAAGUACUUUAAACCAAGUUUUAUAAAUAGGGAGAAGUUUUAAAACACUCUUACUUGGCUGACUGCAACUAACCUAAGUAAGUUAACCUAAAUAAGAACUUACUUGAAUUUUCUUUAUAGUCAUUAAAAGAAAAAAAAAAGACUUCUUCCAUUUCUCAAAACAGAAAAUAAAAUAAAAUAAAAAAGACCCUCCCCUGGCAACCCACUUGUUGGCUACCCAGCCAUUCGCAGUGGCUUUCACUGGGACUAAUGAUCCUUUUACAGACCAUUUUCUGGGAUGUACCAAAAACCUUCGAGUAGGUCCAGAAUAGCUGGCCUCUCCCUAAACUUCAUCACCCUCUCUGCCCACACUGCCUUCAACUUUUGGCUGGCAGAACUGGGUGAGCCCAUUCUUGUAAUCAGAUGCUUAUUUACUGCUGUGAUUUUUUUUUUCAUGUUUCUGUUCAGAGAUCUUGCUUAAUCUUCCCUAUAUCUGCUCAGGGCACUGGCACUUAACUAGGGUUUUGUUUUUUUGUUUUAUUUUGUUUUGUUUUUUUAACCUUCAAUGGUGAGAGGAAUAGGAGGCUGCCACAGAGGCUUGCUGUAUGCCGUUAUCUACAACAGCCCCUGUGAGCUCAGAAAACACACACACACACACACACACACACACACACACACACACACACACACACACACACUGCUCUCUGGCUAACUUCGAGGAUUGAACUGACCGUAUCCACUAAGCCGACACUAAAGCAGGUAAACACACAUGGUUCAGAGCAAUAGGAAUAUCAUAACUUUUGUGGUUCUAUUUCAGGUAUAGGAAUUAUACAAAUUAUCGGUUCUUCUGAAGCAUCUGUCCCACCUUGUUCUCCAGCUCCCUUAGCAUGUACAAUACUUUGUGUGCCAAUAGUGUGCUAUCUAGUUAAAGUUCUUCAACUUUUGGCUUUUUCCUCGUUCCGUGGGCUGACCUUUCUUCCCCUCGCUGGCCAGAGAAAGGCUGGGAGGAGUGAGCCGGGAGAGGCGAGCCUCCUCACUUUCCCCUUAACAGAGAUGCAGAAUACUGGGUUAGGCAGCCCAUGGGAGCCUGUGUGUGUCUGUCACCAGGACACAGCAAGAGCAAGCCAAGGAGACCUGAGAGAAGCACCUCAAAGGCCUAUCCCUGCCAUCUCCAAAGGCCCUCCUUUGCUCUGUAGUGAAGCUGGAUCGCAGCGAAGAGGCAGACUGGUUCCUAGGGACACACUCGGGAAUGAUGUGGUCUUCAGUCAACCCAUUUUCAAUCUCUUCUAUGUCCUUGAGACUUUGAUCCCUGCCUUUGACACAAGCAACUUAUUGCACAUGGGCACAUUCUGAGCAUGCCCACCAAUGGCUUUGGAGGAGACCACCUGGCAACCACGGUCACCAUUCCCUUGGAACAGCUUUCUCUUCAAAUAGGAAGAGCACCCAGAGGCAGGAGCCACCUGACUUGCAGACAUUGGUGGGGCCCUCCAUGCUCCGGGAGCACCUGUGGUCAACUGUGUAGGGAGCACAGGAAUAGCAGUGCCCUCCUCGGACAAGGACCAGCCACGAGCCUCUGUACCUGUCCUCUUUGCAACGUGUACCAACAGCCGUCUUUCAUUCUCCUCUUUCCUGCUUUCCAUUUUAAAACAAAGUAACAGCAGGCCUUUUUGUGUUUACAACGGAACACAAUCACCAAGAAAUUAGUCAGGGCAAAAAGAAAACAUAGUAAUAUUACUAGUAAGAAAUCAGCAAACAAGAACCUCUUUCUAGGGAUUUCUGAAUACAUAAAGUGACUGUUCCUUAGACUGUUUAACUUUAGAAUUAUUUCAGUUUGUCUGGGCCACCUCGGGGUCAGCGGGAUGGGGUGGGGAUUAGGGGAGAGAAGAUCAUGGAUACCACUUACCUCAAAUCUUUUUAAAAGUGGAAAUCCAAAUCGCAUUUGGGGGAGGGCGGGGUGGGAGGGGACUUGCAGGAUAAUCGUCUACGUUGGUCACAUUUUGCUUUUGCUCAAUUCAUCCAACUCCGUUCGGAAUGGCCUGAUUUUUGUGGUGGUGGCAACAGAAUGUCCUUAACUCUGAACCCUGACCUUGUAUGUUUUCUGUUAGGUGAGCUUGUUGGGUUCCCCCCCCCUUUACCCCAUGAGGAAGUGGCAGUGUCCUUCCUUCUCUCUUGCAAGGAACCCUGCAGAACCUUCCACACCUCUUACUCAGGGAUGGGGCUGGUGUGUGUGUGUAGAGCAUGGGAGUGUUCGGCAGCAGCACUUUGGACUGCUCUGGAGUAGGGUUGUACAAUUCCCAGGAAUGUUUGGAUCUCCCCGCACCGUGUGGGUUGCUUCUUAGCUACUACACAGAUUGCAAUAUAACGCUACGCGUUCAAGAAGAACAGUAGCUCCUCGUGAUCAGAAAAAUCCACUCUGCACAUAGUUUGAUCUUUACUGAAAUAUGUUGCCAAAAUCUGUUCUUUGUUCUAGCUUUGGACUUCUUCUGUUUCUUUCUUUCUUUCUUUCUUUUCCUCUUAAGGAAACAAUUGACGAUACCUUGUAACAUCUGUGACUACUAAGGAAACCUAUUUUGUAGAUGCUUGCUAAGACACUAACACCUAUUUCAGACUCGGGUGAGGAGGCAGAGCCCUUGGGCUAGAAAGGCAGACAUUUUGAGUUGAGUUGGUUGGUGUGGCUACUGUUUCCUGAGCCACAAGCCCUCAACCAAUGCGUCUGCUCUCUCUCCUGAAACCCUCUGUGCUCCCCGUUUCCCAGUCGCCCCCUUUGACUCCAGGGGAAUUACAGGACCUCCAGUCUCCAGGGUCCAAUCCAGUUUCUUUGGUGGUUGAGAUGAAAGGCAAGAGAAUCAUUCUUCGUUGUUUUAAGAGUGGAGCAAAGGCCUUUGCUUCCACUGGUUGAGUUUUGAAGCCAGAAUUUCUGAAAUAGAGAAUUUAAGGAAAAAUCGAGUAAUAACUAUAGAAAAUCUACUUUUUUUUUUUUUAUAAAGCACAUGCAUAUGACCUGUUGGGUUGGUUUCCUCCCUUGUCCAUGAACAGUGUUGUAUUUCUGUUCCCAAGGCAACGCCAAAUAGUUUGCACACCUCUACUCUGGAGCUGAGAUUUCUUUCACAUAGAUGACCUCGCUUCAAAUGUUACCUUACUGAUAGGCUUUUUCUUGUAGCGCUAUACCUUGUGGGAAGUUUUUUGUUUUGUUUUGUUUUCUUUAAAGUACACCCAAUUUGAGCAGCCGGGGUGGGGGAGGGAGGGGGUUGAGGCACUCACUUUGGGGGGGGGGUACAGAUAAUUUUUUUAAAAAAAAUUGCACAAAAGAAAAAUGAAUGUUGAAAUGAUUCAUUCAGUGUUUGAAAGAGACAGAUCCGUUGAAACCACAAGUUUCAUAUUUUGUGUGUAAAAAAAAAAAAACAAAAAAACAAAAACAAAAAACAAAACAGAGGAGGGUUUGAAAGUUAACUGUGUGGGGGUUUUAUUUUUCCUGUAUAUAGCAAUUUGUUGUCUUGAUGAUCAAAUUUGUAUGGUUAUGGCCUGGAAGAAUUAUGACGUCAGAGGCUCUUCAACUAUACCGUACCUAUGCUUACUGUUCUGUUUUUGUUACACGCGGCUCUCGUGUGAAGGAUGGGAAACUCUGUGUUCCGCUAUUCGAGGAUACUGUCCAUUCCUAGGCCGAAAGUACUUCCCUAAGUCCCCUUCUUAAGCCAUUGCAACUUUACUUUGGAUGAUGUCUGACAUUUUCAGCACCUCCUGUUCCUAUAAACCCAAAGAAUAUGACCCCGAACAUGAAGUGUGUCUAAAAGGGAUCCUUCUCAGUACACAGGAAAAGAAAAAAAUAAAGUUGAGCCUUUCUUCUGCCUCCCACCCCAGACCUCAUUCACAUGGGGGUCAGACAUCCAUUUUGGCUUGAAUGCCUGGCUUUCAUUUUGAGGUCUGUGAAGCAGAGGUCAGACGAAAUGCAGAGCCGUCUUCUCAGAGUUAUAUUUCUGUUGAGCCGUUGAGCUGGGUGGUGUAAACCAGUCAGUGUUGGGGCAGUAAACUGACCCUAGCUUGGAUACUUCAAUUUGGGUUCAUGUCCCGUCCUUUAGGGCGCAAGUUCUGGUAGCUUAGAUCCACCUUGACAAAGGCAGAAGUGAGCCGGCGGCUUCAGCUUUUCCCAUCCCGACACUUGCAUACAGGAGCCUUACCUGUAUCCAAAUGAAGUGUGUUUGGCCAAUAGAUGCCGUCUAUAUGAUACCAGUCUCUGAGAACUUCCCUAACACUUUUUAACUGAAAGGAGUUAAGUCUUCCACUACAGUCACUUGGAGACUCCAUCCACUCACGUCUUCUUGUUCCUUUGCUGGCUGGAUGGCUAAUCUGAAGGCCUGUGUGGGAAGCACUGUUUACAGUAACCCUUACCGAGAUAGCAUACUGUCCCUUAGACUACCGCGCUGAGGCGACACUGGCUUAGAACUGUUGGGAGUGAAAGAUCAGUCACUGAGAAGGUUGGGUGCAUAGGUUUUCUCCAGUUCUUACAGGAGCCCUCCACUCUGAGGUGAUUCUCUAGUCCAAGAAUGGGAUGAACCGCUGAGUCAAUGAGGCGUAGCCACGGCAACCCACCAUAGUCCCAUUCUGCGACUACUGCCCCCUCCUCAACCCCACACUGCUCAAGUGUGACCCCAGGUAGUGUCAGCUGAAAUGGGGUUGGGGUGGAGUCCUGUCAGUAUUUGUGGUAGAGUCUGCAAUCUCUAACCAGUGGGGGGGUCUUGGCCCUAAAGAACCAGAGAUCGGCACCAGUUGAAGGGUUUCAACAUCACGUUCCCAAACCCUCCGAUUUCCAUUCGUUAUGCUUCCCACAGGCCAAGCGGAAACAGACACCAAAACUUGGGCUGAGGGUCCUACCAUGUGGAGAACUAGGGAAAACAAAACUUUUUUUGUUUUUUUUGUUUUUGUUUUUGUUUUUGUUUUUUUGCACCUUAUUGAAAAGAAACUUUUAAGCGCAUACAUAGCUAAGAGCUUUUUCUCGUGACAGGAGGACGUCUCCAUAUCGUAAUACUCUCUGUAACCCCAGUGUAAAAUGUACUUGCACUAGCUUUUUUAAAACAAAUAUUAAAAAAAAUGGAAGAAUUCAUAUUCUAUUUUCUAAUCGUGGUGUGUCUAUUUGUAGGAUACACUCGAGUCUGUUUAUUGAAUUUUAUGGUCCCUUUCUUUGAUGGUGCUUGCAGGUUUUCUAGGUAGAAAUUAUUUCAUUAUUAUAAUAAAACAAUGUUUGAUUCAAAAUUUGAACAAAAUUGUUUUAAAUAAAUUGUCUGUAUACCAGUACAAGUUUAUUGUAUAAUACUCGUACUACUAAUAAAAUAACAGUGCCAAUUGCAAAA